CGAACCUUUCAAUUCGGGCCUUGGCCACGAUUUUUGCAUCAAAUCUAGCUGUUCUCGAUCCCUUCUUCCUCCUCGUUAUAGAAUUUAAUGACUUGUGGUUAACUGUGAAAGCACAGCACAAAUGGUUCGAUUUCCCAAGUCUCCUCCGGCCACUCUCACUCUCCUCUUCCUCGGCCUCGCCUUGUUCGCCAUCCUCUACCUCGUCAUCUACCCCAACGACUUGCAGCUGCAGUCUUUGAUCGCCGUCUGUCACUCCCCUUCUUCCUCCCCUGUCCCGCUCGAUCCCAUCACCCCGAAGCCCGACUUCCGGCUCCUCCUCGGCAUCCUCACCCUCCCCGACCACUACGAGCGCCGCCACCUCCUCCGACUCGUCUACUCCCUCCAACAGCGGCAGCACGACCUCACCGCCCAGGUCGACGUCCGCUUCGUCUUCUGCCGGCUCACCAAGGAGGACCAGCGCGUGCUCGUGGCCCUCGAGAUCAUGCGCUACGCCGACAUCAUCAUACUCAACUGCACCGAGAACAUGAACCAGGGCAAGACCUACGCCUACUACGCCAGCCUCCCCAGCCUCUUUGGCGGCGAUGGCGAGACGCGCUACGACUUCGUCGCCAAGGCCGACGACGACAUCUACUUCCGCCUCCCCAAACUCAUCGAGUCGCUGAACAAGAUGCCGCGCGAGGACCUGUACUACGGAUUCGUGAUCCCCUGCACGAGCAUGGACCCGUUCAGGGACUACAUGUCCGGGAUGGGGUACGUGGUGUCCUGGGACUUGGUGGAGUGGAUCGCCACGUCGGAGAUUGCCAGGAACAACACCGAGGGGCCGGAGGACAUGAUGACGGGGAAAUGGCUGCAUUGGGGCGGCAAGGGGAAGAACAGGUACAACACCAAGUACGCCAUGUACGACUAUCCGAUACCGGUCCCGAUCGACGAGUGCUCCCAUGAUUUCGCGCCGGAGACGAUCGCCGUGCACCGGCUGAAGGACAACAUGAAAUGGGCGCGCGCGCUCCAGUACCUGAACGUCACCGAUGGAUUGAAGCCCUCCAAGCUCAUCUACCACAUUUGAUUCGAUCACUCUUUUUCUUUUUUUAAAUCAUUGAAUUAAUCUUUAUUUUUGCUCUCAAUCGAUCCUUUGGAUGAGAAUAUCCGAAAGACACUUACAUAAUUUUAUCCACUGGAACACGAAUUGAGCAAUUGAUUGUUAUAAAC